AUGAGAAUGGAGAGGUUCUUGCGAGACUGGAGGAAAGAUGCUCUCGACAAGCAUCAAUACGAGUCUGCCAUAUUUAUUGGCGACAAACUCCUUGCAUUGACCAACAACGACACCGAUGCUUUCUGGCUUGCGCAAGUACAUUUUCAGACCGGGAACUAUACAAGGGCUCAAAACUUCCUCUCUCGGGGCAAUCUCAUCACCAGCAACCCUUCAUGUCAAUACCUAGCAGCCCAUUGCCACGUCAAGCAGGGUAAAUUCGAGGAUGCUUUGGCCAUACUGGGCGAGAAGAAUCCUACACAUCUUAUCAAGACGCCAGAUAGCGCACGCCGGAAGUUGCAGCAUGUUGACGGCAACGCGAGGUCUAUGCUUUCUAAAGGUCACAAAUACGCCUCACGGCUCCCCGAUCGAAUCGAUCGAAGUGAAGACAGGGACAAGGAGGAUAUGACCAAAAUACGCUUCGAAGCGGCGAUGUGUUAUCUUAGAGGAGUCUGCUAUGCGAAGCAGAACGCCUUCGACCGAGCGAAGGAAUGUUACAAGGAUGCUGUCCGCAUAGAUGUUCAGUGUUUUGAAGCUUUCGAUCAGUUGAUGAAGAACUCACUGAUGUCCCCAGACGAAGAAUGGAAGUUUUUGGAAUCACUGAACUUCGAGGCCGUUGUAGGAGAUAGUGCUUCUGUGUCGCAAGAAGCUGCAGAGUUCACCAAGAUGUUAUACACGACAAGGCUGUCGAAAUACGAGCAUGCAGAUGACUUCUCGGCUGCGACCGAAACUUUGUCCACGCACUAUAAUCUGUCUGCCAAUCCGGAUAUCUUGCUCGCUAAGGCAGAGCUACUCUUUACACAAUGUCGUUUCAAGGAUGCGCUGGCUCUUACAGAGGUGAUUCUCGAACGGGACCGCUAUAACUUCAAGACUUACCCCGUACAUCUGGCAUGUUUGCACGAAUUGAACGAAAAGAACACACUGUUUCUACUGUCUCACGAUCUGGCAGAUAACCACCCAGAAGAGCCAUGCGCUUGGCUUGCGGUUGGAGUUUACUACCUUACAAUUAAUCGCAUUGCAGAGGCGCGACGCUUCUUCUCGAAGGCGUCAAUGAUGGAUCCUCAUUUUGGGCCGGCUUGGAUUGGAUUUGCGCACACAUUCGCAGCUGAGGGAGAACACGACCAGGCUAUAUCAGCCUACUCGACUGCUGCGAGAUUGUUCCAGGGCACCCACCUUCCUCAACUGUAUCUUGGAAUGCAAAAUCUCCAGCUUAAUAACAUGCCUCUCGCCCAUGAAUAUCUCAACACUGCCUAUAGUCUUUGUAAGACCGAUCCACUUUUGCUGAAUGAGAUGGGUGUGGUAUUCUAUCACAAAGAACAUCUAGCAGAGGCCGUUCAAAUAUUCACGCUGGCUUUAACGACAGCAGCAGACAUAGACUCUGAUCCUCGCGCAUGGGUGGCGACUCGAGCGAACCUUGGACACGCAUACCGGCGACUAGGCGAACUCAACGAAGCUCUCAUUCAGUUUGAAGAGGUGCUACGACAAGGCGGGAAAGAUGCAGGUGUUUUCUGUGCGAAAGGUCUUGUUCUCUUAGAGAUGAACGAGCCCUGGGAAGCUGUCAUCGCAUUUCAUGAAGCACUCGCGAUUAGUCCACAGGAUCCCAUUGCGACAGAGCUUCUAAGUAAGGCUCUAGAAGCUAAUGAGCAAUCGUCCAUCAUGGGCGAAUCUGAAGAGGAAGCAUAUGAGCAGCGACUAGGCCAGCGGAAACUUGAUUUACAGAGGCGGAGGAAAGUGAAGGGUAAAGCCCCCCGCGAUUCAACUAGCAGCAUAGGCUUCCGAGACCGCCGCCAGUCACGGACGGACUUUGGGGAUUCUACAAGCAUGAUGGGUGGGGAAAGUAUGAUGGGUGGGGAAAGUAUGAUGGUCGAUACUGACGAGGAAUAG